AUGACUGCCAGAGGUGGACCGACAAUAGACAGGAACCCACAUCGAAAUGACAGCGAGCUGUCCUUCGAGAACCUGGCGCUGGAUCAGGUCCGGGUAGAAACUCCGUGUACAACGCAGGCCUCUGCUUUCUAUAUCUAUGCAAAUUCGGGCGAGUCUGGAUCCCCAGAUAACGUUGGCCUAUAUUCCACCAAUAAAAUGCGAUCGCGAUCCUCAAGUGUCUUUCAACGAAAUCUGUCAAAAGAGAGACCACCUUAUAAAGGCAAAUCUUACACUUGGGAGGACUUUGGGACGACUCUUGAGGUGGGCAAUUAA